GAUCCAGCAGGGGCCUAUGUAUAACUUUAAUGGUGUGCUCAUGGUCCACUUGGCUUUUCCCCAUCUCCACCCUUUCCUGCCUUGAACCAAAAGAUGGGAAGGGGGUUAAGAUGGACUGGAUUUUCUUGUUCUGUACAAGAGAAAUGGAAACAAGAGAUGAUGAACCUUAUAUGGUUUAGGGCAACUAUGCAAGCAAAGAAGAGGAGAGGAGAAGGGGCAAAAUGGACAAAAAUGAGAGAAGAAAUGGCUUCCUGGAGAAUGAGCUUGCAAUAGGCAUUGCUUGUGAUGUAUUACCUUCAAUUUUCUAAAUAAAUGCAUAGAAUGUGUCUAUUGAUUUCAUAGGAAUUUGCAUAAAUGCAUUCCAUCUUGUAUGUCUGUAAGCCCACAUGGUCUGAGUAUUGAACUGUGACUGGAGACCAGGGUUUGAAUCAUCACCCAGCCAUGGAAACCAAAUGGAUGAGUGACUUUUGAGAGAAGAGAAUGACCUAACCUGCCUUUCAGCCUUAAAAGGGCGAAGGGGUUGGGGGUGGGAAUAGGGAAGCUAGAAGGUGGCAAUGCCUGGAGUUUUGAGGAGGCAGCCUGCAGAAAGGGCCUAUAUGUCACAGUUCACACACUAUCAUCUUGCUGUGUUCCUGCUCACUUUCUUCAGCUACUCUCUGCUUCAUGCCUCUCGGAAGACAUUCAGCAAUGUCAAGGUCAGCAUCUCCAGCCAGUGGACCCCUUCCUGCUUUAACGAUUCUGCCCUCAAUCUUGAACCCUAUGAGCUCUGGAACAGCAGUCAUUUAUUUCCUGAUGAAAAAGAAGCCACCCUUUUUCUUGGGACACUGGACACCAUCUUCCUGUUCUCUUAUGCUGUGGGUCUUUUUGUCAGUGGUAUUGUUGGGGAUCGUCUGAAUAUGCGUUGGGUCCUGUCAUUUGGCAUGUGCUCCUCUGCAUUAGUGGUGUUUGUGUUUGGCACUGUCACUGAAUGGUUGCAUUUCUAUAACAAGUGGUUCUAUUGCUGUGUAUGGAUUGUGAAUGGCUUGCUACAGUCCACUGGCUGGCCUUGUGUCGUAGCUGUCAUGGGAAACUGGUUUGGCAAAGCUGGGAGAGGGUUUGUCUUUGGCCUCUGGAGUGCCUGCGCAUCCGUGGGCAACAUAAUUGGAGCAUUCCUUGCAUCCUCAGUUCUGCAAUAUGGCUACGAGUAUGCUUUCUUGGUGACAGCAUCGGUACAGUUUGCUGGAGGAGUCAUUGUCUUCUUUGGCCUUGUGAUUUCUCCCAAAGAAGUAGGGCUCCCUGAUGUUGAUGAAGAAGUUGAUGGUGAUGCUGAAGAAGAUGCCACAGAGCCCUUGAUUGGUGGCAAAGAUAGGGAAAAUGAUGAUGAGGAUGAAGAUCCAAAUUAUUCCAUCCAGGCCACCGAUUUAAGUAGCAGCAGCAGCAUCAACAGUGAUCCUCAGCCUGAGGCCAUUGGAUUUUUUCAGGCGUGUUGUCUUCCUGGUGUUAUGUUGUAUUCUCUGGCCUAUGCCUGCUUGAAACUAGUGAACUAUUCUUUUUUCUUCUGGCUGCCUUUCUACCUCAGCAGCAAAUUUAAAUGGAAGGAGGCAGAAGCUGAUCAGCUCUCAAUUUGGUAUGAUGUUGGAGGAAUUAUAGGUGGCACCAUCCAGGGCUUAAUUUCUGAUGUGCUGCAGAAGAGAUCACCAGUGUUAGCCUGCAGCCUGGUGUUGGCUAUUGCAUGUCUUGUUGGCUACAGCCAUUCACCAAACAGCAAACCUAUCAAUGCAUUUCUCAUGGCACUAACAGGGUGCUGCAUUGGUGGCCCUUCCAACAUGAUCAGCUCUGCCAUUUCUGCUGACUUGGGGCGUCAAGAAAUGGUGAGGGGAAGCAGUGAAGCUCUGGCAACUGUUACAGGGAUUGUGGAUGGCACUGGGAGCAUUGGAGCAGCUGUGGGUCAGUACCUGGUUUCUUUAAUCCAGGAGAAUUUGGGAUGGAUGUGGGAUUUCUAUUUCUUCAUCCUGAUGAUCAUUUUAACAGUGCUGUUCAUCACACCUUUAAUUGUGAAGGAUGUCAAUAUGCUCCUGGAGUCCAGGCGCUUGCGCAGGUUGACUGGCUGACCACCCUCUCUCUCUGCCCCUCUCUCUGGACCAUUAAACGGGACUCCUCAAGGAAGGUUGCUGAGGGGAGAGGGGCUUUGGUGCUUCACCUUUACGUCCUUAUUUAUAUCCACUAAGAUCGGAAGCAGGGUUAAACAUGGCCACAAAGGGAUCUAGCUGCCCAGAUGUUGGUGUCUGAAUCCCAUGUGAAGAUACACUACAGCCUUCUGUAACAUGGAUUUGCUGAAUGUAGAAGAAAGGUUCUUCUUUUUUCUUUUUAAAAUUUUACCUCCUGUUCUCAGGGCCAGCUUAUGUAGUCAUGGUGAUCAAGUCUUCAAGCUCGGGCUGCAGUUUCUUGAGCCUCAACCAGGAGAUCUCCUCUUCAAACUCUCCCCUGCUAAAGAAAUCCAAAAGAAAAGGAGCAUGUCCAGGGAAAGAGUUCAGGAUUGUCUUCUUAUUAUCUCUUAACCAAGUCAAUGCUAUCUAUGGGUCCCAGAGGGGAGCGGGGAGAAUUCAGAUUGGAACUGCUGCCUGCAGCAAAAUUGUCCAGGAAAAAACUUGACCACUUGUUGCUGAUGACUCCAUUUAAACUGCCUGUCCCAUAUUCUUUUUACUGUUAUCUGCUUGGAUCUUUAUGCUAUGUCUGGACACCUUUCAGUUGCCAAAUGCAGAAAACUGACACCCCACUUUGUGAUUCCUGUUAGCAACGAGGGAGAAAUACCUUUUGUCAUUUGGUACCAAAACCUCAUUUCAGAUUGGCUUCAGGUCAGUCCAGCACAGAUUUUUACAAACUGAUUGUGCCAAAAGCUUGCUUUCCCUAUUACUUACCUGGUUUUUUAUUUACACAACACACAGCAGAAAACUGUGGAAGCAAGCCAGCUCCUUCAUAUGCUCAUGUAAAAAGAAUGGAUAUAGUAGGCUUUUUUAUUUGAUUUCUAAAUAUUUGUCCUGUCUGGAUAUUAUUGCCCUUGGUAAUUUAACUUUCCCAGGUUCAGCAGUGCAAUUGCAUUCCAUACUUGAUUUAUUCUUCUCUUAGCUGCCUAAUGUUAAGGGAAAAUGAGGCUGCAUCUGUAGAGAUUUGUGGAGGCAAACAUAUUUUAGCUAGAAAGUGGCAAUCAAAGUUUUUACCAGAGUCCUUAAAAUUAAGGUAAAUGCUUGUGUUGUGGUUUUAAAUGGAUUUUAGAAGCAGAUUGGGAAGUAAGCAGGUAAUUACUUACCUGUGAUCAUCUCUGUUUGACUAGCUGUGAUAGCUUAUGGUCUUAUUUUGGUGAUUUCUCAGAUGGAUAGAGACCUCCAAAUUUCUUGUCAGGAAGACAUCCAAGUCACAUCCUUCUUUCCAGCUUUCUCUUGCUAUGUAACCUGUAGUUCAUGUCCUGGUGGCAUUUGAAUGAGGGCAGGGAGGUACUCAGCGUGAUAGUGUUGAGAUGUAAGUGACUAGAAGGAAGAAAGGAACUUCACUGUGGGGUUGUCGUUUUGGGCAGCCAGCUCAUGUUUGUUCUUUCUACUUCAUGACUAGCCCUGACCUAUAUGUUCAGCAGAUAGGGAUAACAAUCUAUUUGGCUGAAUUGGAUGUAAUCUUUCUUCAAAUCUGGUGUCUUAAGCUUUGUGAAUAUACCUUUUCUGCUUGUCUACUUGGCAUGCUCUUGCAGACAUUUGGACAAAGUAUAUAUUUGCUUGCCUCUCAAUCUCUCUCUCUCUCUCUCUCUCUUAUGCACA